ACUGCGACUUCCGUCUGAGGGGCAUUCCCAACACAGACUAGCGUGACUUCACCGUAGAGCGCAGUCGCAACCCAGCGCUGCUCCUGCCCUCUCGCAUUUCCCUCCACCACCUCCACCACCUCCACCACCGCAGCCAGACCUUCUUAGUUCUUUUCCAUCAACAACCUCCCACUUCCCCCACACAAUCCCCAUCUGACACCACUCAACCCGUUCCAUUUUCUUCGUUGACCAUUCCACGACCCAACUACUACUCUCCUCCACAUCAUCUCCACGAUGACUUCUGAACGCGAGAACAAAACCUUCCUUGCCCGGCUGUGCGAGCAGGCUGAGCGUUACGAUGAGAUGGUCACGUACAUGAAGGAAGUUGCCAAGCUCGGCGGCGAACUCACCGUCGAUGAGCGUAACCUCCUGUCCGUGGCCUACAAGAACGUCGUGGGCACCCGCCGCGCCUCGUGGCGCAUCAUCUCCUCCAUCGAGCAGAAGGAGGAAUCCAAGGGCUCGGAUAAGCACGUCUCAACCAUCCGCGAUUAUCGUCAGAAGAUCGAGACCGAGCUUGAGAAGGUCUGCCAGGAUGUGCUGGACGUCUUGGACGAGAGCCUGAUCCCCAAGGCUGAAUCUGGCGAGUCCAAGGUGUUCUACCACAAGAUGAAGGGUGACUACCAUCGCUACCUUGCCGAGUUCGCUUCUGGAGACAAGCGCAAGAACGCUGCUACUGCCGCGCAUGAUGCCUACAAGAACGCUACCGAUGUUGCUCAAACGGAGCUCACCCCUACCCAUCCAAUCCGCCUGGGUCUGGCGCUCAACUUCUCCGUGUUCUACUACGAGAUCUUGAACUCCCCUGACCGAGCUUGUCAUCUCGCCAAGCAAGCUUUCGAUGACGCCAUCGCUGAGCUUGACUCGCUUUCUGAGGAGUCGUACCGGGAUAGCACUCUCAUCAUGCAGUUGCUCCGGGACAACCUCACCCUGUGGACGUCAUCGGACGGCAACGAGCCUGAGGCGGCCGCGGAGACGAAGGCCGAGCCGGCCAAGGAAGAGACCAAGGCAGAGGAGCCAGCGCCUGCACCGGAGCCCGCGAAGGAGGAGCAGCCCGCUGCUGCGGCUUAAACGGUCUUCUUUUGCGUCGUCCCAGUCCAUCGAUCGCGUGAGACACGUUUCAAAGAUGUUUCAUCUCCUCCCACCUCGCCCUCUCUUCGAUCGCAGAUGAUAAAACGGAUAUCAUAGACGCAGGCACACCUGCCGGUGUUCUGAGGUAGCUGGACUCUAACGCAUCGGAGAGCGGAGAUAGACAAUAACACGAGACUCAUGGAGAACGUAGCCUUCGCAGUCGAGGGUCUCUUGGCACCGGCACAGGCACAGUUCGGCGUCGUCACUCAUGUUUGGCACGGCUAUUCUACAGGUCAUUCUGGCAGCUGAUAUCAAUCUCGUUGACCCUUGCGUUUUCCCUUUCCUUUUAUCCAACAUCCCCUUCCUGAAAUAUCCAGUCUCGACCAUCAUGUUAUGCU